AUGGACACAGUCGAAAAGAAGACAGCAUUGCCAGCACAUAAGCCACCGUUCCCACGCACCUCUUCCUUGGUUGCUCGUAAGGACCUAGUCCUCCCUGCAGCCUUCAACGAUCUAUCUCCCCUGUCGAGGGAACUGCAGCCACUGAGAAUCGAGGAUAGAGAUGAGGUGCACAGAUAUCUCUGUGUUUUCCUUGAUCUUUCCCGAUUCAAUAGCAUACGCAAGAUGCUGUGGCUGAUCGCCGUCCCUGGAGCUCCACGCUCCUUAUACUACCAGAAGCUCCUACGGCGUGAAAUUGUAAUCGCAGAAGAAUUGGAUCUUCAUCUGGUUUGGGCCAAGUCCAGAAUUUUCAUUAAACCGCUCCCAGAUUAUCUGCUGAAUUACGAUUUCUGGGAGAGCUAUAUAUCCUGCGAGCCUCAGCUACACCGAGCCGCAUGUGGGCUUCUGUAUUCUUAUUGUGGCCUUAUACGCUUUGGUCAUGAUUUACAGGUGGCACAAGAAAAUCGCCUGAUUAAUACGAAUUUCGAUUAUCGAGCCUGGACGGAAUUUAGUCGUACGAUAGUAUCGACUCUCGACCCUCAUGACUCUGACACCAUGGAGAAACGAUUCCGGUACGGCGAAUUACGUUUAAAUCGACUCGACACUAUCUACCGAUAUUCGCCUCAAGCCUUUUCCGUAUCCAGUAUGCUUCAAGGCUUUCCCCAUGCUCUGGCCGAAAGCUAUGUGCCCUACAUGGACCAGUACAAUAACGCGGUGUCGGCGUUUGGUGUCAUCGUUAUCAUUCUCUCAGCUUUCAAUCUAUCACUGUCGGCACACUCCAAGAACCCAGCUCCUGACCUUCAACAAGCGGCAUACGGAUUCGCGAUAUUCGCCAUGACUUUAUGCGCCUUGCUGACUGGGCUGUUUAUUGUGUUACCCUCGAUCACCUUCCUUAUGACAGUCUAUGGCUCUAUUCUCACACGAAAACGACUUUCGAAAAUACGGGAGAUCGAGGAACAACCACGCUCCGCUUAG